AUGGAGAAUCCAUCAGCGGAUCAUCAAACUCCUGUUACUCCCUCCAUUUCUCCUCCCAUUGACGGCCAACUUCGCCACGAUCACGCCGUCGUUACCCAAGUUCCCGAGCAUCAGCAUCCUGGAGCUGAGCAGCAAACAGAAACGUCUGAGGAAGAAAUGAAGAGCACAUUAGAAGCAAUAGCAUCUACCGGGAAGUUCUGGCAGGACUGGGAGAAACUAAAAGUAUCACUAUCGUGUUGGUUGAAGAAGGUUCUGUCAGAAUAUCCUGAGGCAAAAAUGACUGACGAACAACAAAAGGAAGCCCUAGGAGAAACGUACUCAGCGUUGGUUAGUCGAUUGGAUGAAGCCCUUCUUAGUUUCGAUGAAGGCCCUCCAUUUACACUGCAGAGACUCUGUGAGAAUCUGUUGGUUACUUCUAUGCUAUCCAGCAGUUUGGACCCGCAAUCACAAACCACUGAGGAUGCAAACGCAGCAGCAACCGAAGACGCAAAAACGGCUGCAGCAAAUUGGGCACCAAAUGGGAUUGAAGUAAUGGGAGGCGAUAAGGAUGAGAUAAUGACAGAGGUAGAAGAGGCAGAUGUUGAUGACGCAAUGACUAUUGACAUGGAAACAAUCGAUGAACCAUCAGAGACAACGACACCAACGAUGGCGAGUGAGGAGAGUGAGACACCAAACGAAAUCAGUUAA